AUGGCAUGGAUGAAUCAGACACUGGUCACCGAAUUCUUUGUGCAAGGAUUCUCUGAAGCUCCUCACCUUCGUUUCUUGUUCUUUUUCUUAUUCCUAUCCCUUUACACAGUGGCCCUCUCAGGGAAUAUCCUGAUUUUUGUUACGAUCAGCUUUAAUUCCACAUUACACACACCUAUGUAUUUCUUUUUGGUCAACUUAGCUGUGGUUGAUGUCCUCUGUACCUCCACAAUUCUACCAAAGCUGCUUGAGAACAUGAUGGGCAGAAAGACUAUUUCCUUUGCAGGUUGCAUGGCCCAACUCUAUUUCUUCACUUGGUCCUUAGGGGCUGAGCUGCUGCUCUUCACAGCUAUGGCUUAUGACAGGUAUGUGGCCAUCUGCCAUCCCCUCCACUAUAGCACCAUGAUGAGCAAGAAGGUGUGCUUGCUGUUAUCCACUGGUGUUUGGUCAAUUAGUAUCCUCAAUACCAGCAUUAACAGCAGCCUUAUGUUUCGAUUGUCUUUCUGCCACUCUAAUGUAGUCAACCACUUUUUCUGUGAGAUCCCCCCCUUACUCAAGCUCUCCUGCACCCCUACUUACCUGAAUGAAACCAUGGCCUUCACAGCAGAUGUGUUCCUAGCUGUGGGGAAUUUCAUAAUCACGAUGCUCUCCUAUGCCUGUAUUAUCUCCAGUAUCCUGAAAAUCCGUACCACCGAGGGCAAAAAGAGAGCCUUCUCUACUUGCUCCUCCCACCUCAUUGUGGUCAGUAUGUAUUAUAGCACUGUAAUUUACACCUAUAUACGGCCAUCUUCCAGCUAUUCAUUGGAUAAGGAUAAAAUUGUAUCUGUGAUAUACACUUCAGUGGCUCCUACCCUAAACCCUCUUAUUUAUACCUUGAGGAACAAAGAAGUCAAAGCAGGACUCAAGAAAGUGUUUUCUUUCUUCAAGAGAUGA